ACAGGGUGUGGCGUACGUCAAGGUGUGACAAGUCACCUCUACCUGGCGUAAUGUGACGUCACAACGCCACGUGACGCCAGGCCCCGCCCCCUGUCCUGUGUCCCUGUCGCCCUACAUACGAUUUGCAACACCAGGAAGUGGAGUGCUAAGCGAAGCUGACGCGGGCACAGUUAUCGGGUGUCUGCUGCCAUUUCCGUCACGAAUACUUUACGAAUUCGGACACAGCGCGAAGCUUCAAGCUACAGGAGGCCGGCAUGGGAGUCUAGCUAGCCAGGUGAAGAACUGAACAAGGUGUGACUCAAAGCAAGCCCGGAGAGUCUCUUGGAAAGAGAGGCACGGUGUAGGGGUCAGCCAUGGCAUACCAGAACAGGGGCUACCAACACGACUCCUACAGCGGAGAUGACUAUGAUGAUGACGGCUACACCCAGCCGGACUACCCACCAUACCCACCUGGGGUGGAGACCAUUCCCAUGGGCCACAUGAACCAAGGCUAUGAAGAUGACUAUAACGACAGGAGAGGGGACAGACACACGGUGAACGACGUGCGAGUAGACGUGGACCGCCGCGGAUCCUACACCGAUGGUUACUAUGACGAUGAUGAUCAGGAAGAAUACUGGCGGGACAGAUACAGGCAGGAGUACGGAGGGGGCAGGGGGGGAAACAUCGCCGACCAACUACCCAGCAAACGGAUCGGUACAUUGGGACGUUCCUACGCUCACGUAGCUGCCAGCAUGUCCGAGGACCAGGUCUUGCGGAAAAGGUCGAGCAUGCGGCGUCGAAAGUCGCGACACCCCACCUUGCGGGCGGGUCCGUCGGCGCACGAAGCAGUGAUGAGUCCGACAGCGUACAUCGCAGACGAGAUCAUCGCAGAUGAGGAUCUGAUGGAGGAUACGGAGGCUGCCAGGCUGCGGAGGGAGGAAGCAAUCAAAGGGAUGGCCUCAGGGAUGUCUGCUAAGAGGAAAGUCAGGGACCGAGUGGAGAGGGAAUCGAAAAAGAGGAAGGAAAAGAAAGUGGGAAAGUGCACCAUCUGGUGUUCCAACCUGACCUAUGCGUGGCGACACUUCUUAAGCAAGAUCGCCGAGCUUCGCUACAUCUUCGUCCUGUGGCGCAGCCACCUCAAGAAGAUCGAGGGUUUCUUCGGCACCGGCAUCUUGUCUUACUUCAUCUUCUUGAAGACGUUGUUCCUGCUGAAUGUUCCGUUAUUCGUGCUGAGUUUCGGCUUCAUCACGAUCCCACAGCUGGUGUACCAGCCGAGCCCGACUGUCAACAACGCUAGCUUCACAGGGAUAGAGCUGCUCACUGGCGCAGGUUGGUUUGAAAACACAGAGCUGUACUAUGGCUACUACACCAACACUACGAUCAAACAGAACCCAGGGUUAAUGUACAACAUGCAGCUGGCCUACCUGUGUGCCGGAGGGGGGUACUUCCUACUCUGCCUCAUCAUACUCGUGCACAGAAUGUCUUCAUCCUUCCGGACGAACUACGUGGAGGCCAGCUUCGUGAAGAGCCAGUUUGUCGCCAAGAUCUUCACAUCCUGGGACUUCGGCAUCACGGAGAAGGAGGCGGCCAAGCUCAGGCACAAGAGCGUCUACACAGAGAUUGUGGAAUUACUAGCAGAGACCCACAAGCAGGCACAGGAGCUGACUGGAGGCCAGCGGUGCUGCCGGGUGAUGACUCGCAUCUGUACCUGGCUGCUGUACUUCGCCAUGCUGGGCGGAUCGUGUUACCUCGUCUUCUUCAUCGCAGAUAGGCUGAACACAACGAUCAUCCAAGCAAUCAGUGACAACCUUGCGGCCGGAAGCGCGACGGACGCCCUGCGUCUCCUGGCGAUGCCUCUCUGCAUCUCGGCUAUCAACUUCCUCCUGCCCUUCGCAUUCAGCAUCCUGGGCAGCAUUGAGAAGUACAAGUACCCACGGCACGAGCUCUACAUCAGCAUCUUCAGAACCAUCCUGCUGAAGUGGGCCAUCCUGGUUGUGCUACUGUGGUUCUGGCUCAACAAAAUCAGCGGCGACGCCAGCAACCUGGCGUGUUGGGAGACGUACGUGGGACAGGAGAUUUACCGUCUGGUCCUGGUGGACUUCGUUUUCCUGCUGCUGACCACUUUCAUCUCCGAGUUCAUCAGGAAUCUGUUUACUAAGUGUUGCUGUAAGAACCUGGGGAAGCCAGAGUUCGACAUCGCUCGUAAUGUGCUGGAUCUCAUUUACGCACAGGGGCUCUGCUGGUUGGGGGCGUUCUUCUCCCCACUGCUGCCGAUCAUCUGCAUGUUCAAACUCUUCGUCUUCUUCUAUGUCAAAAGGAUCAGUGUAUUGAUGAACUGUCGAGCAUCGAGCAAAGCGUGGCGAGCAGCUCAGGCCACCACCAUCUUCCUCACCAUCCUCCUACUCACGUUCUUCAUCGCACUGGCAGCCGUGGGCUACAGCAUCUUCGCAAUCAAGCCCUCAACUGACUGUGGACCUUUUAGGGGCCUGGCUAACAGUUACCAGUCUGUGUUGAACCUGCUGGACGUGUGGUCGCGCCAGGCCAACCUGAGCUGGAUCAAAGAAGUGGUGGAUGUCAUCGGGUCCGGCUACUGCAGGGCAUUCGUGGUCUGCAUCUUAUGCUUGUUGGUGUACUACUAUGCAAAGCUGUCAGCCAGCCACAAGAUCCUCGUGGAACGUCUCAAGCACCAGAUCUCAGAGGAGGGGAAAGACAAGCAGUUCCUACUCAAGAUGCUCCAAGACGCGUCCCCUAAGAAAGAUGGCUCCCAGAACCCCAACCGGACGUCAGCCAGUCCCCAGCGACCGACGUCGUCAGGGGCGACGCCUAACAACCAACCAGCCUCCCCGGCUAAGUCACCUGACCAGGGGGGUCAGGACGCGUUCGCCAUGGCGAUGGCUGCUAGGCAACAGCAUGAGGCUGUUGGAGCCCCGCCCCAGGAUUACUGA